AUGUUCUAUUCUCCUUUAGAUCAAUUUGAAAUUAAACCUUUACUUAUUAUUAAUAAUAAUUUAACUUUUGCUAUUUCUAAUUAUACUUUAUAUAUUUUAAUUGUUAUUUUUUUAAUUAUAUUUUACUCUAGUAUUAUAAGAAAUAAUUAUUUAGGUUCAUCUAGAUGAGGUGUUGCUAUUAUAGCUAUUUAUGAUACUAUAUUAAAUUUAGUUAUUGGACAAGUAGGACGUCAAGGAGGUAAAUUCUUCCCAUUAAUAUUUACUAUAUUUAAUUUUAUACUUAUAGCUAAUUUAAUAUCUAUGAUUCCUUAUUCAUUUGCUAUAUCUGCUCAAUUAGUAGCUAUAGUAUCUUUCUCAUUAGCCUUAUGAAUAGGUAAUGUUAUAUUAGGUUUAUAUUUACAUGGUUGAGGAUUCUUUGCAUUAUUUGUUCCUAGUGGUACUCCUUUAGCUUUAGUACCUGUAUUAGUAUUAAUUGAAUUCUUAUCAUAUACUUCUCGUGCUAUAUCUUUAGGUUUACGUUUAGGUGCUAAUAUCCUAUCUGGUCAUUUACUUAUGCUUAUAUUAGGAUCAUUAAUUAUUAGUUUAAUGUCAUCUUCUAUCUUAGGAUUUAUUAGUGGUAUAAUACCUAUAUUAGCAGUUGUUGCAAUUACUAUACUUGAAUUUGGUAUAGCUAUAAUUCAAGCAUAUGUAUUUAGUAUAUUAUUAUCAGGAUAUAUAAAAGAUAGUGUAGAAUUACAUUAA